CGGAUUAAAAAACAACACUGUACAAAAAUUACAACCUGAGAGAGGCAGCAACAAAUUUAGCUUCUACAUAAUUGGAGUUCAUCGCUGAAAACCUGAGUUAGAGAGAGGAAAAAUGGCGAUCACAUUGAACAAUGGAUUCAAAAUGCCGGUUGUUGGGCUUGGAGUUUGGCGAAUGGAUAAGAAGGACGUCAAAGAUCUCAUCCUCAACUCCAUUAAAAUGGGUUAUCGUCACUUUGAUUGCGCUGCUGAUUACCAGAACGAAGCUGAGGUUGGGGAGGCUCUUACUGAAGCAUUUCAAACUGGGCUUGUUAAGAGGGAGGAUCUUUUCAUAACCACUAAGCUGUGGAACUCUGACCAUGGACAUGUACUUGAAGCCUGCAAAGAUAGUUUAAAGAAACUUCGCCUCGAUUAUUUGGAUCUAUACUUAGUUCACUUUCCUGUAGCCACAAAGCAUACUGGAGUUGGUACCACUGCAAGUGCAUUGGAUGAGGAUGGUGUGCUGGAAAUUGACACUGCCAUAUCGUUGGAGACCACCUGGCACGCUAUGGAAGAUCUCGUUUCUACAGGUUUAGUUCGCAGCAUUGGUAUCAGCAACUAUGAUAUCUUUCUGACGAGAGAUUGUUUAGCUUAUUCCAAAAUCAAGCCAGCUGUGAACCAGAUUGAAACACAUCCUUACUUCCAACGUGAUUCUCUGGUGAAAUUCUGUCUGAAGCAUGGGAUCAGUGUUACUGCACAUACUCCUCUAGGAGGUGCAGCUGCUAACACUGAAUGGUUCGGUACAGUAUCUUGCUUGGAUGAUCCAGUUCUUAAGGGCCUUGCGGAGAAACACAAAAAGACGGCAGCACAGAUUGUUCUUCGAUGGGGGAUCCAGCGCAAUACAGUUGUCAUACCAAAGUCCUCCAAGCUAGAUAGAUUGAAGGAAAACUUCCAAGUUCUAGACUUCGAGCUGACAGAAGAAGACAUGCAACAGAUUAAAGGCAUAGAUCGCAAAUACCGUACCAAUCAACCAGCCAAGUUCUGGGGAGUAGAUUUGUAUGCAUGAAGCUAACUAAGAAUAAGAUUUUAAGAUCUACUUAUUAAAGGACAUGUUAAUGCUUACUGAUGGAUUCCUUUAUUAUAAUCCCUAUGUUGCUGCAUGCCUGCAUAGAUGCAUCAUUUGUAGGCUAAGGCCCUGUUUAGUUCACCUUAUUUUUCCUGAUCUGAUAUGAACUUAUUUUUCUGAUCUGAUAUAAACUUAUUUUUUCUGAUC